AUGGCUGAAAGCUGGCAUGGGAAUUAUGACACCGGCAGCCAGUCAGAUGACAGCUAUAGAUUUGAGAGACUGCACAUUGAGCCUAUUUAUGAUUCAUUCUUUUGCCCUUUAACCAAGCAAGUUAUGCGCGACCCCGUUACUUUAGAAAAUGGGCAAACUUUUGAGCGCGAAGCAAUUGAAAAUUGGUUCAGGGAGUGCAGGGAGAGUGGAAGGAGCUUACAGUGUCCACUCACACUAAAAGAUCUAAAAAGCACUGAUUUGAAGCCUAGCAUAGCUUUGCGAAACACCAUUGAAGAGUGGAGUGCUAGGAAUGAAGCCGCUCAGCUUGAUAUGGCUCGUAAAUCACUAAAUUUGAGCAGUUCAGAAGGUGAUAUUCUUUUGGCCUUGGAGUAUGUCCAGCAAAUCUGCAAGAAAAGCAGAUCAAAUAAGCACAUUGCACGAAAUGCCGGACUGUUACCCAUGAUCAUUGACAUGAUGAAGAGCAGCAGUCGUAGAGUUAGGUGUAAAUCUUUGGACACCCUACGAAUUGUUGUGGAGGACGAUUCUGAAAAUAAGGAAAUAUUGGCAGAUGGGGACACCGUACGCUCAAUAGUGAAGUUCUUGUCUCAUGAGCAAUCUAAGGAGAGGGAGGAAGCUGUCUCGUUGCUAUAUGAACUAUCCAAAUCCGAAGCCCUAUGUGAGAAGAUUGGUUCAAUUCCCGGAGCAAUUCUUAUGUUGGUUGGAAUGACAAGCAGCAAGUCAGAUAACAUUUUGACUGUUGAGAAAGCUGAGAAAACACUAGAGAAUCUGGAGAAAUGUGAGAACAACGUGCUACAGAUGGCAGAAAAUGGUAGACUGCAGCCUCUUCUGACACAAAUUCUUGAAGGCCCUCCAGAAACUAAGUUAUCAAUGUCUAAUUUCCUUGGUGAAUUAGUUUUGGAUAAUGAUGUCAAGGUCCUGGUGGCUAAAAGUCUGGGUUCAUCUUUGAUCAAUAUUAUGAGAAGUGGUAAUAUGCAGUCAAGAGAAGCUGCCUUGAAAGCUCUUAACCAAAUUUCAUCUUGUGAGGCAAGUGCCAAGGUACUGAUAGAAGCAGGGAUACUUCCUUCUCUGGUCAAAGACCUCUUUACUGUUGGCCCUCAUCAACUUCCUAUGCGACUUAAAGAGGUUGCUGCAACAAUUCUUGCUAAUAUUGUUAUCUCUGAGUGUGACUUUGAUUCGAUAUUAGUUGGACCUGAUGACCAAACACUAGUCUCAGAAGACAUAGUCCAUAACCUGCUACAUCUAAUUAGCAACACAGGACCAGCAAUCUCAUGCAAGCUUCUUCAGGUUCUUGUUGGACUCACUAGCUCUCCCUCUACAGUUCUGAGUGUUGUUUCCGCCAUUAAAAGCUCUGGCGCCAUUAUUAGUUUGGUGCAGUUUAUUGAAGCUCCACAAAAGGAGUUGCGUGUGCCUUCCAUUAAACUUCUCCAGAACCUCUCCCCAGACUUGGGUCAGGAACUAGCUGAUGCUCUACGUGGCACAGUGGGCCAACUUGGCAGCCUGAUUAAAGUGAUAUCAGAAAAUAUUUCAAUCACUGAAGAGCAAGCAGCAGCCAUUGGCCUCUUGGCUGAACUUCCAGAGAGGGAUCUGGGACUUGCCCGACAAAUGCUAGAUGAAGGUGCCUUCCAGCUGGUGUUUUCCAGAGUAGUUAAGAUCCGACAAGGAGGGACUAAGGGGGGCCGCUUUGUCACACCAUUUUUAGAAGGCCUUGUACGGGUUCUAGCAAGGGUUACGCUUGUUUUGGCUGAUGAGCAAGCUGCAGUUGCACUCUGCCGUGAGCUUAAUGUUGCUGCCCUUUUCAUUGAACUUCUUCAAUCCAAUGGACUGGACAAUGUACAGAUGAGUUCUGCUGCAGCAUUGGAGAACUUAUCAGAAGAAUCCAAAAAUUUGACAAGGUUUCCGGAGUUGCCUACCCCUGGUGUUUGUGGCUCAAUUUUCCCAUGCUUUGGUAAGCAACCUACCAUAAAUGGACUAUGUCGGCUUCACCGUGGGAUGUGCUCGCUUAGAGAAAGUUUUUGUCUCUUGGAAGGACAGGCUGUGGACAAACUGGUAGCUCUUCUUGACCACACAAAUGAGAAGGUGGUCGAAGCAGCCCUUGCAGCAUUGUCUACUUUGUUGGAUGAUGGUGUUGAUCUCGAACAAGGGGUUUUAGUGUUGUGUGAAGCAGAGGGAGUCAGACCCAUUCUGGAUGUGUUAUUAGAGAAACGGACAGAGAAUCUGAGGAGGAGAGCAGUUUGGGUAGUUGAAAGACUCUUGCGGAGUGAUGAGAUAGCCUAUGAAGUAUCUGGAGAUCCAAAUGUGAGUACUGCACUUGUUGAUGCAUUCCAGCAUGGUGACUAUCGAACCCGACAGAUUGCUGAACGUGCUCUGAAGCAUGUUGACAGGUUACCAAACUUCUCUGGAGUGUUUCCAAAUGUAGGAUAGCAAGCUUCUAGUGGUUUGCAAAGCUGCAAAUGGGAGGGUAUAUAUUGCUGUAUACAGAUUUGUUUUCAAAGUUGUUCAUUUGUUCGUAAGGAGGAAAUAACCAUUAACUUUGGUUUUUGUUCAUGAACUACAUCUUGUGUAGCAUUGGGAAACUUGGGGGGGGGGGGUGGAAUUCAUCUCUUAUUGGUUUAAUAGUUUU